ACUGGCCAGCGUCCCAGACGGUGGACGUGACGUCACGGGGGGGCGGCGGUUCGCCCACUCAUCAGUGACGGCAACUGUGGGCGGGGCAGCGACCCCCACAUUUACGGUGUCACUUGGUUCCGAAGAGCUGGUUCAGCUGGAGGCGAGGAGCCUGGAUUCAAUGGGCAUCCCUGACGAGAAUGGCUGCCAUCUCAUCUUUCUUGCAUCGUUCGAGAAAUUCAGGAAACUGUUUGUGACGGGAAGCAAAAGUCGUAUUAUAGUAUCGCUGAAACUCCCUUCCAAACGCCAGGCACAGACGCUACUUGAGAUGCUUGACUUGCUGCAAAAAUUGCCUCCUCCUGCAGCUGAAACAGAACCUGUACUCAGGAAUAGUUCGACCAAGACUCCUAGUCCAGUCAACAAGAGUUCAGGAUAUUAUUUGAACAUGAACACUGGCGUCUUUUUUCAAGAUGGAGGUGUGAGGACAAACUCUGGUCCAGACGACUUGACUGCGGGUGAUAGUCUUUAUGAACCCGGCAUUGAACCAGAUUCCUUCACAAGCGCAUUUCUUGGGUCCCUCGACUCAGGUUCUGGUAAUCCUGCUUCUGAUUUUCCGUGUGUCUACGAAGAUCCUUCGACUGACCUUUCAUCGAUGAUAAUCAGUGCUGAGAAAGCCAAGAUGAUCGACGACGAGAAGACAUUCGUGGCCGAACUGAGAGCGACGAAGAAACGCACGCCGUGGCCCGACGAGAUUAGGUCCGACAUGGAAGACAUUGAGGAGCUGCAUGCUGAACUCCUUUCCAUUUUGGAUGCCAACAAUUUCGGCCGUUUUAUCGCGUAUCUAACUGAAAAUUUGAAAAUUUUCACAGCACAUGCAGAAUGUUUCAACCACGUGUCGUAUUACGGGCAGAAAUCGUUCAAGGUAGCACUGGCCAUCUUGACGCGUCUUAGCGCCAUAAGGAAUUAUGUCAGGACCAGCGAUGGCGGCGCAAUGGAAGAAGAAAUUAAAAAACGUGACGUUUUAACUGCCAUCGACGCAGCGUUAAAACUAAUCGCUGACCGACGUGUUUUGAUCAAAAUUGAUCAAGAUAAAUUCAAUCCUCUGACCUGCGGCAAGUUCGUUCAUCAGGGCAACUUGAAAUUCAUCAGGAAAAACAAGGAACAGGCGAACUUGGUGCUCACUACCGACAUGUUAAUUGUUGCAACUUCUGAUGAUUGCUACAUUACGCAUGUGCUCACUGACAAAAUAUCAACGAUUUCUACGCCCAAGGAGUCUGCUACCGAUUUUGAAAUGACCAUCGACUCGAAAGUUUCGGAUGGAAAGCUUCAUUUCAAGGCCAAGGAUGUCUCCACCAAGAACGAAUGGAUGAAGCUCAUCCGAGGCGUUGUUGAUGUUAAGCGUAAAAAGUACUUCUAGAAAUAAGAUAUUGUGUUAGUUUUGUGAUUGUUGUCGUGAACUCACACAAAAAAUGUUGAUACUGUUGUCGUGCGUGAACUUGCAGAAUAAUUUUCGCAAAUAUGUGUCAGAAACAUUCAGUUCUGUCACCGCAAAAAAAUACUAUCUUGAUUUUUCUCCAUAUCCUGAAGCUAUUUUAUUAUGGUUCGCAAUGUGACGAUCAUUUUCUCAAAGUAUCUGAGUUCCUUAACACAAAGCAAAUGUUAGAUACGCACAAUAUCCUUUGAUUACAAUUACUUAAAUUUAUCGGUUUUAGAUGAACUGAAUGAGAAAACGAUUCCGUCGAUAGAAGCAAAGACUUUGUAUAGAUGAUCCAUUAAAAGUAUCCAUCGUUUUCUUGCCUAAACAAGGUGUAUUCACCAGGUUGCCCAGUGGUUACAGUUUAGAGUACCAAGAUUGGAGCAGAGAGG